AUGAACAACCCUCAUAUCAUGUCAGUCUCUCCUCGCACAGCAUUUGGACUGCAUUUCACCAAAGAACAUCAAAUCAGUAACAGUUACGAAGAGAUUGAUGAGCGAUUAUUUGAUAAUUAUUUGGAGAUUUCUGGACGUAAAAAUUCCAAGUCAUCUUCAUUUGGAUCCUCAGAUGCUAGCCCUUGUCUUUCAGAAGAAGAUAGCGAUAGUUCACACUGCCAAUACAAGCAAUCAUCUGUUCGUGGUGACCGCAAGACAAUGAAAUUUUCCAACAACAAUCAAAAGAAGCGUGAAACAAAAAACUACAAGAAGGAAGAGUUUGACUCUGACAACGAAUCAAUCAGAUCUUCAAAGAAAUUACCCAAAUCAAUCAACAAGAAAUCAUUAGUUUCGACAUCUAGCAACUGUAAUCAAGACGAAUCUGACAAGAAGCAAAAGAGUCUUUACAAAACUGAACUCUGCCGCAACUGGGAAGAGACCAACCAUUGUCGAUAUGGCAUGAAAUGUCAAUAUGCUCAUGGUGCUGCUGAUCUGCGUGAAAUUGAUCGUCAUCCCAAGUACAAGACCCAAAAGUGCCGUACUUUCCACCAAACUGGUGCCUGUCCUUAUGGUGCUCGCUGUACAUUUAGACAUUUCAAUCUUCCCGGUGACGCUCUCGAGAUGAAGAACCUUGAAAAGGAAGAAGAGGAAAAGAGACAAAAGGAUGAAGCUGCUGCUGUUGCUGCCGCUGCUGAGAAGAUCAAGCAUAAAAAGCAAGAAUUCGCCAACAUGAAGCAAGAGGAACGUUCAUCCGUCUUUUCUGCCGAGAACAAGAAGGUGCUCCAACAAAACUGGUUCCUGGAUAGCAACAACAUAUCCCCUCUCUCUGGUCUUGAAUCCAAUGGCCUUUCCAGAAGAAACAUGAUGAUAAAUCAAUUCAACAACUCUUUUGAUCCUGAGGACUCUCUCUUGCCUUCCAAUGCUGAAAGUUUACUUCCUCAUCAACUUUUGUUCGAUUUAGAAUCGCCUGAAGAAGAAGAGCAACAUCAACCCGCUCGCUGUCCUCUUCGUAACUAUGUCAACUUGCCUUCUUUCUCCAACUUUCAAGUUCCUCAUCAUCUCCCUCCUCAACACCAACAACAUCACCAACAACAACAAGAAUGCAAGGCCUUCUUCCGUCCUUGGUUAUUCUAA